UUAUUUUCAGUGGAGCUGCAGCUCAGAGGUGGAUAAAGUUCGUCUCCACGUUGGAAGUGAUAGAAAGUAUUAUCCCAAUCCAGGCAUUGCUUCCUACGUUUUGGAAGUAAGAUCGAUCAAAGAGGAUAUUCUGUGUGGAAUUCCGCUGCUUUUUUGGCGGGGAAACUGGUUACUUAACCGAUGAUCGCGCGGUUAGGGAGGAAAAAGUUUUCUCGGGACACCAAGUUGUCAAGUGACUGGAACUUCCAACAAAAGGCGGACUCUGUCACAAGGCUGGGGACUCGGAAGUCAUAUGUAAAUUUGACAUUUAAAGGUGAGACGCCAUCUUUUAAAGCGAUUUAAACUUCAUGUCCGGGAAAAUGGAAGCGACGUUUUACGACGACGCCAUGAAUGCGUCAAACAACUCUCAGCACGACGCGACGAGGGUGUACGGCUUCAACGCGAAAACCCUCAAACAGUCCAUGACUCUCAAUCUGAACGACCCGAAAAACUUUAAACCUCAACUUGGCCCCAAGGCCUUGGAUAUCCUCACGUCCCCAGACGUGGGUCUGCUCAAACUGGCCUCGCCGGAACUGGAGAGGUUGAUCAUCCAGUCCUGCACCGGCUUGACGACUCCCACCCCGACGCAGUUCGUCUGUCCCAAGAACAUCACCGACGAGCAGGAGGGUUUUGCGGAAGGCUUUGCGAAGGCUCUGGCGGAGCUCCACUACCAGCAGAUGAGCACCGCCCCCGCUGAGACGCAGACCACCGGCAAUGCAUCCGGCGCAGCUGCGUCCGACAGCGGUGAGAACCCGUACAGCUGCACGGUGCGCCCCGAGCCUCCGGAAUACACCAACCUGUCCUCUUUCAACCGGGCGGUACUGGCCUCAUCUACACCUGCCAACGACAGACACCCACCCGCGUGUUAUCAGGCACCUCCACCGGCUCCCCAUGUGGAGCACUCUCGCCUCCGCUCCCUGAAGGAGGAGCCACAGACGGUGCCUGAGAUGCCCGGCGAGACACCACCCCUCUCUCCCAUCGACAUGGAGAGCCAGGAGCGCAUCAAGGCGGAGAGGAAGCGCAUGAGGAACCGAGUGGCCGCCUCCAAGUGCCGAAAGAGGAAGCUGGAGAGGAUAUCUCGUCUGGAGGACAGGGUGAAGAACCUCAAGAGCCAGAACACGGAGCUGGUGUCUUCCGCCAACGUCCUGCGAGACGAGUUGGCUCUGCUAAAACAGAAGGUCAUGGACCAUGUCAACAGCGGAUGCCAGCUCAUCCUGACACAGCAGCUCCAGGCCUUCUAGGCCACACAGGGGUGACUUGGGACAUGUCUUGGGGGGACCAAAUAACUCCAAGUGGCCUGAAAGUCCAAAUGGUCAUCAGCUCAGGCACUUCCUGCUACGUUUCUGCAGAAAAACAGCAAGUGGUGAAUUUAAAACUUUCAUGAAUGACACGGAACACUCAGAGGAAACAUCACAUCCCUGUGUCACACGCUUGGGGUGGGUGAUAUCGAUCCGAUACAAAGUACCAGUACCAGUAUUGACGAUACUUUUUACUUGAAAUAUUUCAAAAACAAACUAAAAGGCAAUAGUGCAAAAUAAGUUGGAAAAAAUCCCUUGGAUUUGUUAGUUUGUUAAUAUCAACAAAAAAUAUGUGAAAAUAACACGAGAGCUGAAAAAUAUCACUCACAUACUGGCACUACCCUUGGUAUCGAUACUGCCGUCGAUCGCUCCCCGCAUCAUAUGCAUCUACUUUUUAUACUAGUCCAUCCAAUACUGAUGUCGGAGCAUCCGGUCAUGACCUGUGAGGGACACAGAAAAGCCUCCAUGAUGCCAUGAUGUCAAACAGGUUGCAAUAAAAACAUUUUAGAGAUGCACUUGUACAGUAACACUAACAUUGUCACCUUUUACGCUCAGGUGUGAAGCAAUUACUGACUUAACCUGCCUUACUCUUAAUCCUCACAGUGAUGCAACUUUUGGGAUACAGGUGUAACCAAUGUUAGACAUUAAGUCAUGUUUGUACGCUGCUUUUUUUUUUUUGAGCACUUGACUUGUACAUACGAGAAAAUAAAACAUGGGACACGAUGA